AGAUGAAAAUAUUGUGUUUCGCUGUGUUUUGGCUCGGCCUAGCGCUCAGCCACGUUGAGGGUGGCGUCUAUGAUGGAUUUAAGAUCUAUGAGCUGGCAACAAAGAGUCGCAGCGCUGCCGUCAAUUUACUCUUGUCUGAGCUGGUUAAGAAUGAGUCAUACUAUGAUCUGUACUCGGACAAUGGUGCAGCUGCCCACAUCAUGGUGCAUCCUGAGGCGCAGCCGGAGUUUAUUGAAUUGCUUACCGGCCACACGCUGAGCUAUAAGAUUGUUAAUCAUGAUGUGGGCCUUACGCUGCGCCGCCAAUUCGAAACGAAUCGCAUGCUGCGCAAUUGGUAUCCCUACCAGGGACGCCUGGGCACCGAGCGUUACUAUACCCAGGGAGAGAUUAAUCAAUAUAUUGAGCAGCUCGCCCAGGAACAUCCGAGUCGGGUGUUUAUCAAGACGGUGGGCAAAAGCUUUGAGGGCCGCUGGCUGAAGACCAUACGGAUAACCAAUGGGGAUGGGCGGGCCAAUAAGAAUGUUAUACUCAUGGAUGGUGGCUUCCAUGCACGUGAAUGGAUCUCACCGGCUGCCGUCGUCUAUGCCAUUGGUGAGCUGGUGAACAACUAUGAGGCGCAUGCCCAGCUGUUGCUGGACUACGACUGGGUCAUUCUGCCCGUGGUCAAUGCCGAUGGCUAUGAGUACACACAGCUGUCGGAGGAUACGCGUUUUUGGCGCAAAACACGCCAGCCGAGCAGCGUCGAGUGCAUCGGCACUGAUCCCAAUCGGAAUUUUGGUUUUCAUUGGAAUGAAACUGGCGCUUCUUCGGAUCCCUGCGCUGAGACCUAUGCGGGACCAAGGGCGUUCUCCGAGCCGGAGGCAAUUGUGGUGCGUGAUCUCAUACACAGUCUGGCGGAUCGUGGCAAACUGUAUCUGACAGUGCACUCCUAUGGAAACUAUAUCCUGUACCCUUGGGGCUAUAUCGAUGAACUGCCAGAAACUUGGGAGGAUCUGGAUGAGGUUGGACGCGCUGGUGGUGAUGCCAUAGAGAAGGCAACCGGCACCGUUUACCAGGUGGGCUGCUCCACCACCUUGUUGUAUGCAGCCGCCGGCGCUAGCGAUGAUUAUGCAUUUAAUGCGGGCUUUCCUAUAUCAUUUACCAUGGAGCUGCCAGCUGGUGGAGCCAAUUUUUUUGAUCCACCUGCGUCAGAUAUUGAUAGGCUUGUUAAGGAAACCUGGGUGGGCAUCGAAGCCAUGGCCCGUAAGGUGAUUGAAAAGUAUCCACUCAACUAAAGCCCCAUCUUUAAAUGUAUAAUAAAUUGGAAAACCCUCCUAGGGUAACCUAACGAGUAUUUAAGUCUAUAAAU